CUUACUUGACUGGUUCUCCGCUCCAAGAAGUCAAUGCAGUACAGAAAAUGAUUAUGCAUACAGAUUUUUAUUAAUAGCAUUGGAUAAAUUAGUAGUCAAGACUGAUAUCAGCUGGAGUGAAAAGAAAAACAGGCCAGCUUGCAAUACGUAGAAAUAUCUUGGCAAUUAAGAGAAAAUGUUUUACAAUAGACAUUUACUACGGAGCUAGAAUCCAACUGAAUGCAUUCGAUCUGUGUGGUGGAAACUUUAUCGAUAUCGUAAUGGAUACAAAUACUUUCACUGUGCUAAAACUUUUCCUUGUUGGGAUCUUUGUGAAUACCUUAAUGGCAAGUGGGCUGUCAGCGACAGAGAAUACAAACAGUCAGGCCAUAGAGAGGCCCAGAGCAGAGAUAUGCAAUGAGACUUUACUGCUGUUAGAAAUGGAGAAAUGUGGGGAGAUGUUCAAGAGUGAUAUGAAGCAAGUGGAUCCUCAAAACUGGUGUAAUUUAACACAUUUUAUCAGGGAAUACAACUACUUCUCAACCUGCACAGAGGAGAGUGCAGUGCACAUAGGCUGCUAUUGGCCCAACCCACUAGUGGAAAACUACAUCAUCCAAAUCCACAAACACUUCUUCUCAAAUUGCACCCUGGACCGCGUCAUCUGGGUGGAUCCUCCGGACGACACUUUGACCAUCCUCAUCCUCGUGCCGGUCGUGCUCACCUUGGCCAUGAUCGCGCUGGUGGUGUGGUGCAGCAAGCGCAGCGACAUCCUGGCCUAGCGCUGUGGACCCACUGAGCGGCCUCCUAUCCCUCCGCUCUGACCACUCGCCCCUGCUCGGGGGAGUGAUGUAAGCACAGAGCAACUCAUUGCUUCAUCGGUUCUCGUGCAUUUCAUCACAGGGUGGGACUAAGACGGACCAAAGAUGAAAUCACAGUCCGAAACCUUUUUGAAGAACGGCCACAGCAUUCCAAUGGCCCGUUCCAAGUCAAAAUGAACAUGUCCUUAGAGGAAACCGCUAAGCAGAGACCCAUUUGCUUAUGUGAACUUUUACUGGACUCUGGACUACCAGAGAAGUGACUGUAUCAUUUCAUUAACUAUUGUGGUUAUUGGAUAGAGUGGAUAUACCCUCAGUGAGGUUGUUUUGGAUGGAGAACUGAGACUGAGGGCUGAAAUGUACAGUGCCAUCUACUGUAACAAAUACCAGUUCGUUCUUCACCAGCUGGAUGCUCCAUUCAGGAAAGAGUGAGCAGCUCAUUUGUGUGUUUAGGUCUGCAAAACUGUAGUAUAGUGGACGGUGUUCCCACUGUGGCCAAAUGACUGCAUUGUCUUCAUGUGGCUGCUUGCAACAUGCAUAAGUGGAACUAUUAUUUUAUUGAUGUUCUGAGGCUUCAUUGAGACCCCACUAUGAGUGAAUAUCUUCACUGAUUGCACUGUGUACAUUGCAAAAAUUCAAGAUCGUUUCUGUUGAAGCUAACUGUAAUUUAAUUAUGUGUGUAAUAAUUCAGGUGGGACACAAACCGUGAAAUGAGAGGAUCAUUAUCUGACUUUGGACCAGUUUUGAAAGAAUAUUAUACCACCAAAUGUUGACUCUGUAGUAAUAAUCAUUGACUCAUGUACUGUACUGCUAUUUAAUGUUUAAUUAAAGGAGUCUUAGAAUUA